GAAUUAAACUAACAAAAACAGUCACAUAUUCCAAAAAUUAAAAUCUAUCCAUCCCUAGUUCAAAGAAUUCUAGCCACACAUGUAUAUGUUUUCAACUGCCAUGAAGAAUAAAUCCUAGCAAAAAAUCAUAAUAAAAAAUUCAGAAACAACAAAACCCAAACUAUGAAGAAUUGCAAUUUGCCGAAUGGUGAGCUGUGGUCGGGAUCUCCCAAGAAGGCUGGGUGGCAGCGUGGCUCUUCUGCAAACGGAUUUGGGUCUUGCGUUCUCAAUUCACAGAGCAGAUUUGUGCGGUUCUGUGUCUUCUUCUGCUGCUGGUGAACAACAGAUGCGGAUGGCAAGAAAGAAGGCUGGGCGGCUGGGCGGCUUCUCCUCCAAUGUGCAGAACAACUCCUCUCGCGUCUGUGUGGCUCCCCUGUUUCUGCCGAGUAGCAUCUAUAUAUAUAUCUCCAGAAUUUAGAAACCCCUUAACCCUAGCAGACAUGGGAAUUGGGCUUUGGUUUGGGCCUGGACUGUAGUUGGCCCACACCUAGAAAACACAGCUCAAUUCUCUUUAUUUCUGCACUCUGUCCAUUGUCAAAACCGUCACUUUCAACAAAAAAUCUGUAUUGAUACAGCUAGAACUGGAUUAAGCUCAUAAAACAUCAAUUGUAGCUCUGCCUCUUAGCUUUCCAACGCCUAAAGAAUCAUCUCAAUCCGAUACCUAGAGAAAAAGAUAUGGUUAAAUUACUAUAACAUGUGCAAAUUGUCACUUAUUACAAAAUUAAUUCAUAUCUUAAUU